UCUUUGCUCCACGGAGGGGGCCGCUCAUUUCCUACAGGCAGAGUCCUUCUUCCUUACUGGAAAAAGAGCUCUUACUGGUGGGCGGGAAGAGGAAAGUUGCUGCAGAGCCGGGGAGCCUGUCUUAGUCCCUGAGGUGCCCUUUCCUUAAAGGAAGCGCGCGGGCGCUUGGACUGUUUUAUUUUCUGAACUUCGUCCGGGAGGGCGGAUAGUGGGGGCCUUUUCCCGACUCCUGCCGGCCGCCUUAAGAGAGAAAAGUUCUAGCGGCGCUUGUUUUGGGGGAAGAAAGAAAUAAUGACAGAGGAAAGCAAAGGGGAUGGGAAAGGCGAGAGCGGGAAGGAUCCGGAGAAGCAGCUACGCCUGCGGGUGUGCGUUUUGAACGAGUUGCUGAAGACGGAGCGCGACUAUGUGAACACCUUGGAGUUUUUGGUGUCGGCAUUCCUUCACAGAAUAAUGCAGUGGGCUAUUACUAAGAUUGAUAAAAAUGUAACAGAGGAAACGGUUAAGACAUUGUUCUCAAAUAUUGAAGAUAUUCUAGAAGUUCAUAAGAACUUCCUAUCUAGGAUUGAAGAAUGUCUGCACCCUGAACCUAAUUCGCAACAAGAAGUGGGAUCUUGCUUUCUCCAUUUUAGAGACAGAUUUCGUAUCUAUGAUGAAUACUGCAGCAAUCAUGAAAAAGCACAAAAGCUUUUGCUUGAACUUAACAAAAUAAAAACAGUACGGACAUUUUUACUGAACUGCAUGCUUUUAGGAGGACGAAAGAGUACAGAGGUACCUUUAGAAGGUUAUUUGGUAACACCAAUCCAGAGAAUAUGCAAGUAUCCUCUUCUUUUGAAGGAAUUGUUAAAGCGCACUCCCAAAAAGCACAGUGACUAUUCUAUCUUAAUGGAAGCUCUCCAAACAAUGAAAGCUGUUUGUUCCAACAUAAAUGAAGCCAAGAGACAGAUGGAAAAAUUAGAGGUUUUAGAGGAAUGGCAGUCUCACAUUGAAGGAUGGGAGGGAUCUAACAUCACAGACACUUGCACAGAAAUGCUGAUGUGUGGUGUUUUGUUGAAAAUUUCAGCAGGAAAUAUACAAGAACGAGUGUUCUUUCUUUUUGACAAUCUUUUGGUCUAUUGCAAAAGAAAGCAUAGACGACUGAAAAACAGCAAAGCUUCUUCAGAAAGUCAUCGAUACUUUUUCCGAGGCAGAAUAAAUACAGAGUUGAUGGAAGUUGAGAAUGUUGAUGAUGGCACAGCGGAUUAUCACAGCAGUGGUCACAUUGUUCUCAACGGUUGGAAGAUACACAACACAGCAAAGAAUAAAUGGUUUGUGUGUAUGGCCAAAACAUCUGAAGAAAAGCAUGAAUGGCUUGAAGCUAUCCUAAAAGAAAGGGAAAGAAGAAAAGGGUUAAAACUUGGUAUGGAACAAGAUACAUGGGUGAUGAUUUCUGAACAAGGAGAAAAGCUUUACAAAAUGAUGUGCAGACAAGGGAAUUUGAUCAAAGACCGAAAGAGGAAAUUAACCACUUUUCCAAAAUGUUUCCUUGGAAGUGAGUUUGUAUCUUGGUUAUUGGAAACUGGAGAGAUUCACAGACCCGAAGAAGGUGUUCAUCUCGGUCAGGCUUUGUUAGAGAAUGGCAUUAUCCACCAUGUUACAGACAAACAUCAGUUUAAACCUGAACACAUGCUCUAUAGAUUCCGUUAUGAUGAUGGCACAUAUUAUCCAAGAAAUGAAAUGCAGGAUGUAAUUUCAAAGGGUGUAAGAUUAUAUUGUCGUCUUCACAGUCUGUUUACUCCUGUGAUAAGAGAUAAGGAUUACCAUUUAAGAACCUAUAAAUCUGUCAUAAUGGCUAAUAAAAUGAUAGACUGGCUAAUUGCACAGGGGGAUUGCAGAACAAGAGAAGAAGCAAUGAUCUUUGGAAUAGCACUUUGUGACAAUGGAUUUAUGCAUCAUGUUCUGGAAAAAAGUGAAUUCAAAGAUGAACCACUUCUAUUCCGUUUUUUUGCGGAUGAAGAAAUGGAAGGCUCCAACAUGAAACACAGACUUAUGAAGCAUGACUUAAAAGUAGUGGAAAAUGUAAUUGCAAAAUCGUUGCUGAUCAGAUCAACUGAUGGAAGUUAUGGUUUUGGUUUGGAAGACAAAAACAAAGCACCAAUUGUGAAAAUAGUGGAAAAGUGCUCAAAUGCUGAGGUGGCAGGUCUAGAAAUUGGGAAAAAGAUCUUUACCAUUAAUGGUGACCUAGUUUUUCUAAGGCCCUUCACUGAAGUGGAUAGCUUUCUGAAAGCAUGUUUAAACAGUAAAAAGCCCCUCAGGGUACUUGUGAGCACAAAACCAAGGGAGACAGUUAAGAUUCCUGAUUCUGUGGAUGGACUUGGAUUUCAAAUACGAGGCUUUGGCCCUUCUGUUGUUCAUGCUGUUGGAAAAGGAACUGUGGCAGCUUCUGCUGGGCUUCAUCCUGGACAGUGCAUAAUCAAAGUGAAUGGAAUUAAUGUCAGCAAAGAAACACAUGCAAGUGUUAUUGCCCACGUGACAGCCUGCAGGAAAUAUAGACGUCCAAUGCAUCAAGAUUCUAUUCAGUGGAUAUAUAACAACACUGAUAGUGCUCAGGAGGAUUUUCAGAAAAUGAAUACUAAACCAUUGGGUGAGGAUGGAGGAGAUACAUUUAAUUAUAAAGUUGAAGAAGCAAUUGAUAAAUUUAAUACUAUGGCAAUAAUUGAUGGACGAAAGGAUCAUGUCUGCCUGACUGUUGAUAAUGUUCAUCUGGAAUAUGGUGUUGUUUAUGAGUAUGAUAGUACUGCUGGAAUAAAAUGCCAUGUUUUAGAAAAAAUGAUUGAACCAAAAGGCUUUUUCAUCCUGACUGCAAAGAUCCUUGAAGCUCUAGCAAAAAGUGAUGAGCAAUUUGUGCAAAACUGUAGCAGCUUAAAUAUUAUCCAUGAAGUAAUUCCUACCAAUCUUCAGAGCAAAUUCAGUGCCAUUUGCAGUGAAAAAAUAGAGCACAUUUGCAGAAGGAAUACAAGUUAUAAAAAGUUUUCACGGGUCCUAAAAAAUCGAGCUUGGCCUACUUUCAAGCAAGCUAAGUCAAAGAUCUCACCACUGCAUAGCAGUGAUUUCUGUCCAACCAAUUGCCAUAUCAAUGUUAUGGAAGUCUCAUACCCUAAAACGUCAACGUCACUUGGCAGUGCCUUUGGUGUUCAGCUUGAUAGCAGAAAACAUGAAAAAGAAAACAGACAUAUGGAGCAAGGUAAACUGAAUCCCAUGGUUUAUAUACAACAUACUAUAACAACCAUGGCCGCUCCAUCAGGUCACUCAUUAGGCCAACAGGAUGGCCAUGGUUUAAGGUACCUAUUAAAAGAAGAAGAUUUAGAAACAGAAGACAUCUAUCAGAAACUGUUAUGCAAAUUACAGAGUACAUUAAAGGAGAUGGAAAACUGUGUUUUUCAAAUAGAUGACCUUCUCUCUUCAAUAACAUAUUCUUCAAGUUCACAACAUACAAACCAUGAAUUGUUAAUGUCAACAGACAGUGAUAAUGAAAAAGGAGAACGCAAUGGAAAAAAAGUAUGCUUCAAUGUAGUAAGUGAUGAGCAGGAAGAUUCUGGUCAUGACACUAUAAGCAACCGGGAUUCAUAUAGUGAUUGCAACAGCAACCGGAAUUCUACUGCUUCUUUUACCAGUAUUUGCAGUAGCCAAUGCAGUUCUUAUUUUCAUAGUGAUGAAAUGGAUUCAGGUGAUGAACUUCCACAGAGCAUUUGCAUUUCUCAUGAUAAGCAGGAUAAACUUUAUGGUUGCUUGGAACAUCUUUUUGGCCAGGUAGAUUCAAUUAUUAAUCUACUGAAAGGUCCAGCAGUGGCAAGAGCUUUUGAGCAAACUAAGUUCUUCACCCCUGGUCGAAGUUUUCAAGAAUUUCAACAAGAAAUUGAACUUAAGGUGAACUGCCCAAAGAAACUGAGGCUUCAUAUUAAACAAGAUCCUUGGAACCUCCCCAGCAGUGUUCAAAACCUUUCUCAAAGCAUCCGAAAAUUUGUUGAAGAGAUAAAAGCAAGAGUCCUUCUGGCACUUCUUGAAUAUACAGAUAGUGAGAUACAGCUCAGGAGAGACAUGGUCUUCUGCCAGUCUCUAGUUGCUACAGUUUGUGCAUUUUCAGAGCAAUUAAUGGCUGCCUUAAAUCAUAUGUUUGACAAUGGCAAGGAGUGUGAAAUGGAAACACAAGAGGCCAGUAGGAGAUGGUUGGAACAGAUAUCUACUGCAGGUGUUCUCCUUUACUUCCAGUCACUGCUGUCACCAAACCUGACUGAUGAACAAGCUAUGCUAGAAGACACAUUGAUUGCAUUAUUUGACUUGGAGAAAGUUACAUUUUAUUUUAAACAUUCUGAACAGGAACCUUUAGUAGCAAAUAUGCCAUUCACAUAUCAAGCAGAAGGAAGUCGGCAAGCUAUGAAAAUUUAUUUUUAUCUUGAUAGUUACAGUUUUGAACAGCUUCCUCAAAGGCUGAAAAAUGGUGGAGGUUUUAAACUUUACCCAGUUCUAUUUGCACAAGCCUUGGAAAGUAUGGAAGGAUAUUAUUAUAGAGACAAUGUAUCAGUAGAAGAAUUUCAAGCCCAGAUUAAUGCAGCUUCAUUGGAAAAAGUAAAACAGUAUAACCAAAAACUUAGAGCAUUUUAUCUGGACAAAGCAAACAUUCCUCCUAAUUCAACAUCAAAGGCUGCUUAUAUAGAUAAGCUAAUGAGGCCUAUCAAUUCUUUGGAUGAGCUUUACCGAUUAAUGACAUCUUUCAUAAGAUCCAAGCGCACAGCAGCCUGUGCUUACACAGCUUGUGGUGCUUCUGGAGUUGGACUACUGUCCAUCUCUUCAGAACUCUGCAGCCGGCUGGGAGCUUGCCAUAUCGUCUUAUGUAACAGUGGAGUUCACCGUUGCACUCUGAGCAUCACUUUAGAGCAAGCAAUAAUUCUUGCUCGGAGUCAUGGUCUACCUCCUCGCUAUAUCCUCCAAGCUACAGAUGUGAUGCGCAAGCAAGGAGCAAGAGUUCAAAAUACUGCAAAGAAUUUAGGAGUUAGGGACCGAACACCACCAUCUGCUCCAAGAUUGUACAAACUAUGUCAGCCACCCCCACCUGUUGGAGAAGAGUAAAGAUUCUUAUCGGAGGAUUAAUCAAUAUACCAGUUUCCACAAAGAGAAGGAUAAUAGUCUUUUGAGUAUGGAUACAGAACCCUUUCUGCUUAAACGUGACUAUGUAAAUAAAAGAGUAAUGACUUCUGUUGGGGAAAAAUAAUAUCUGGAUUUACUGUGCAUGUUCUGUGAAUGUAUUCUUUGGGAUGUUUUUAAGUGCUUAAUUCAGCAAUACCAAUUGUUCAACAAAGUAUGGGCAGGAACAUGAAGAGAAACAAAAGAGAAAGAUUGAAAAAACCACUGUAUUAUAAUAUUUCAAAAAAGUAACAUCUUCGUCGAUAGGAUGAUUUAUUAAAUUAAUGCUCUGAUGAAAGAGAGAUUCUAUAUUGAAAUGCUUUCCUAAUGCAUAUCUCAACUAGUCAUAGAAACUCUACUACCUGCUUUGGCAACAGUAAAUUUUAAUGUAAGAAAUCCAAUUUGUUCCAAUUGAGGUGAAGGACUGAAGCAACAGAUGGAACUGAUGAAUCAAAAUUAUGUUCAGUGCUCUAAUUCAUAAGUUGUUCAAUGGGUUUUGACAGGAAUAUUUCCUGUAAUAGCAAAGUUUUGAUCAUGGUGAGCGUUUGUAGAAAAUUCAAAUGAGAUAUUCAAUCUUACUCAUUUUUCUACCUCAGUUGUUUCUGUGAAAUCAUAAACAUUGACUAAGGAAAAAAAUCCAGCUAACAAAUUUGUUUUAACUCAAAAUUAUCUUUCAUCAAACUAACUGAAAAAUGAAUGUUUUAUUAAGGUCUUAAAAUUAAGACAUAUUUUUUUAAAAUAACACAUUUGUAUUUAUUUUAUAUUCCAUUCUUCCCCCAAUACUCAAGACUUGAUUUGCAGGGACCAUAUAUACAGUUUGCGUUAGCUUUACAGUGUUGUGUGAAUCUACUGUGAUUAAAAAGAAAAGACUUAAGCCCUUUUUGUAACUUGUUUGUUUUAGGGUACCCUAUGUUAACAACAGUUUAGCUUAUCCAGUUGCUGACCUAGAAUCUAAUAGUCUUUAGUUCUCUAGACUAUUAGGAUUAACCUCAAAAUAUAAAAAACAGGUUUUGUUUUAAAAACCCAUGAAGUAAGGGAAAUUAGCAUUCCCAUUCCACAUGCAGACCUUGAGAUCCAAUGAGUACAAAACUGGAUUUUUUUCCCAGAUAAUUUUUACAUAAAUGAAAAACUGUACAAAAUGGGGGAAAUCUAUCAAAAAUUGGUUACCUUUGUUUCUGUUGUCUGGGUUUUAUUGACUUAUAUGAAUUUACACAUAAUUAACAUUAAGCCACAUUGUGAUAAUUCUUUAAAUGUGUUACAGUAUGUUUCAAGCUGUAAUUUUCUAAAUGUGUUAACAGUGUUUCAUGCAAUAGAUAUUGUAACAAUGCUGCAAAAAAUACCUGUAUCUCAUAAAAACAGAUUUUGCUGGCAAGAAGGGCCUAGAUUGAAAGUGCAAUUGUAUGUAUUUCCAAAUAAAUAAAGUUUCCCUGAAUUUUCAAUGAGUCCCAAGUAAUAGGUAAAGGAUUACAAAUGAACAAGUCUCUGUCUGAUCCAGUAGAAAUUGUUGGGUAUUUUAUAUUAAGCCCUAUUAAUUGCUUAUGCUGAUUCUGUAAACUGCUUAGAGAGGGCUGUAAAGCACUGCGAAAUGGUAUAUAAGUGUAAGUGCUAUUGGUAUUAUUAAGGUUAUAUCCAUUAGGAAUAGAAGGGAAUAAAUACAAAUAACAUGAAUUCUAGUAUUUACCCAGUGAAGUAGUCGGGCACCAGUUUUUAAUUAGGAAAAAAAAACCAGUGGAAUUGUAAUCUUUCUGUUAUAAUACAGAGCUUUUACCUGACAAAAGGCCAAUAUAGUUCUGCAUUAUUAGUUCAUGCUGUCGCACUGAUUUCCUAUAAUGAUUUUUAACUCAAUCAACAACAAAACAAAAAGCCCUCCCAAGCACUUGAAAGUAAGAAUUAAUAUUUCUUACUAUUCCUGCAUUUUUUUGAAUAACAAGAAGGCAAAUGGCAAAGUUUUAAUAUAUAUGUGCAUUUUGAAUAAAAGAAAAUUACCACAACAUGCAAAUGCUGGUCCUGCAACAAUAUAAUCAAGUAAUCAGUCACAAUAUUCUUUCACUCUAAGGAAGCAGUGCAGUAUUUUCUAUUCAAAAGUGAAUGCAUUACAUAAAACUCUUUGCUUCAUUAUAGCUAUUAGUUAUAUUACAUUCUUUAUUGGCAUACUAGCAAACAGUGAAUUAAAUACAAAUGCAUACCAGAUUAAAAAUACUAAGUUGCAGUAAAAAGUUUAUAUGAAAACGUUGGAUAGCAGUGGGAAUUCCUACUCAGAAUGUACUAUAAAAUCAAAUACAAUGAGGUCCAGAUCCAAGAAUGACGCGUCUUAAAGAGUUUGAAUGAUACCUUAGAGAUCAAAAACAAAUCCUUUACUUUUUAAUAUCCAGAGGCAUGAUUCACUUACUGAAUUUUAAGUAUCCUUUAUAUACGCUUCUUUAAAAAUCUGAAUUAUGUUGAUAUUUAAAUGUGUACAUUUGCAGCAUUUAAAUUCGAUAACAGAAUAUAUCAAACCCUGAAAUGUAAAAGAGAGUUGUCCUUUAAGUUAGUUUCCUAGUUUCCACUUUCACUGGACAAGCCAACAGAAGGGAUCUUUCCUUCUGUCAAAAAUAUCUCCCUAUUCAGCAGCAGCAUUUCCCCUCCUGACAUUAGUAACUUCUGGUUCAGGAAGUAGCACUAUAUUUGUAGCCUUUGGAAUCUCUUUAGAAAUGUGUUGUUAAUUUGGAUUACUAGUCUUUCAAAAUGGGAAUGUUUUGGUUUGAUGAUAAAAGAAAAGCUAAGGAUGAUCUACUGGUAGUAUGGUAGAGUAAACCUUAGUCAUGGAAGCCUGAUAAACUUUACAUAUCUUUAAUUGGUAUAUUUUGUUCUUAUUCAACCCUAGUCCUGAUUAGUUCUAGGUUAUUUGGAUAGAUUGAGUUGCAUAAUUCAUUUAUUCUUUUAGAAGUUGCAGUAUCAGCAUUUGAGGACUCCUGUUCUAAAAUGUUAAUGUAUUUCCAAUGGCCAUUGGAAAAAUCACAUUCCUCAGAUGUGAUAGAACAAGCCAUUUUCAGGUUAGAAGUAUUUUCCUGCAAUUGAAAUCCAGCCUUUUAGUCUCCCACCAGAUUUAAAAAAACCUGCCCUACAGUUCAAUGGAACAAUUUUUAUAUUCUAAAGUGCCUAGAAAUAUUUUUAUCGUUAAUCCACAUUUCCUAGCUAUUGGCUAUGGCCAUAUUGUUACUAUUAUAGUAGACUGUAUUUCUAUAACUCGUGCAGAUUUCCUCAUUUGAAAAUAUCACAGCAAUAUUAUUUAAUCUGUAGCAUGUAUAUAGUGUAAGAAAUCAAGUAAUGCUUAUGCCAUUUGUAAAAAAAAAUCCCCUUUUUGUUUUAGCAGUGUUAGGUUAUGCAGAAGAAUAUAUUUUUUAAAAAAAUACUCAAACAGAAAUCUAGAACACUGCUGUAUUUUCGCAAAAAAAAAUAGAAUAUAAAAACAUUUACAAUAUAUAUUAAUAGAUUCUCUGAUAUCUUCAGUAGAAUAUUACGUAUAAAAUUUAUUUCAUAACAUUGGUAAAUAAAAAUAAAACUUCUUUAUGGGUGGUUUUUGUUUUGGAUAAUAUUAGGAUGAUAGAGGCUUGUAAAUAGAAUUGAAAGGGUAUGGAUAUGUGGGUUCCCCAAGCUUUCCAAGAGCGAAACAAACAUGGGUACAGGAAAAAAUAACCAUUUUUUAAUUAGUCCAACAUUGAUUGGGGCUCUUGUGAGGUCCUUGGGUGACCCGAGAAGGACGGGUACCUCUUGAUUGUCUCCUAGUCAUUGGAGAUGGCAAGGAAGCCCUCUGGAAAGACACCAGCAGUUAUGGAUCUAGGCCACCGUUCUGGUGUGCCAGUCAGCUGUUGGCAGUGCAGUGAUGAAGUUGGCAAUGCUAGAGGAAGUUGGUGGCAUGUUUUUGUUAGUGGAGGUGGCACCAAGAGCACCAUUGGCCACAGAAGAUCACAUAAGAGCAGUUCUCUUUCACAGAUGAUAGCAUUCUGACAGCAGUGGACCGGCAGCAGUGGGAGCACAAGCAGCCCAGCAGUGAUAUUGCUGCACUGGCUUGGGUCAUGUGACUCUUACAUUAGCAGUAACCAUCUUGUAUCUGAUAUGUAGCACCUAGACUUGGUAAGAACAACUAUAGAUAUUUGGAUAACCCACUACUGUGGACUUUCCAUCUUUUCCUGGUAGACUGUGGCUUAGGAAUGUGGACUUUUUUUCACCAAAGAGUUGGGUUUGAAUUAUAGCAGAUGCUCUUUAUCUACCUGGGGUCUCCUUGACAGAUAAAUAACAGUCAAGAAUGGAGAUGGAUAACAGACCAGAUGGCUCUCUUUUCUAAGUAUGAAUGGUAUGGCGUGAAAUGAUGUGGAUACAAUUAAAAAAUGCUAUUUACUGUACAUGUUGGUAUUAUUUAAAAGGAACUCAUUAAUGUGAAAAAUAACAUGGUCAUUUCAAUAUUUUAUGUUUCAAAAGCAUUCUGGUGUAAUUGUACUUGAAAUAUUCCUUUUAUCUUUCUGUGGUAUUAGAAGCCAAACAUAUAUUAUUUGUAGAGUUGUUUCAUUUUGGACUUGCUUUCUUACAGUCCAUUGGCCAAAAGCCCAGUGAUCACUGUAAUGCAUUCAAAUAAAACUAUUCGUUGCA